UAUCAUCGAAUAAUGACAUCAAUAAAAAUUGAAAUAGUUUUAAUUUUAUUAGAAUUAUAUAUAAAAUUUAGUGCUGCAUUACGUUCUACCUCUUUACCUAUAGGUGGUCUCUUUAACGGACUCACCCUGCCGAGUUCGGUACGAGUUUUCGAGAAAAUGGUACAGAAAAGCAGUACGGGAUUCUAUCACGGAAGAUCUUUAGAAUCCAGUGUAAUUGAUAGCUAUUCGAUAUCUUUGGAAAUGUGCCCGUUUACUUCUGAUAAUCAUGGUAUAGCAGCAUUAAUAGACGCGCGGCCUACUGAUGGCAUCUGUGAUACAAUCUGCUUACUAUGCAACAGAUAUAAUGUAUCUCAUUUAUCAAUAGGCUGGGAAACAACCGAAACCUUGCCCACAGAUUUGUUUACAUUCCAAUAUCAUCCACCUCCGAAUUUGAUAUCUAAGGCGUACAUAGAGCUGAUAAAGUUUUUGCAGUGGGAUAAGUUUACUAUUCUCUAUGAAAGCGAAAAAAGCUUUAAAUAUCUUGAAGAGAUAAUCAAUAAUUGGGGCAACCCCAAUGAACCGAUUUUGUUCAGAAAAUUAGAUCCUGAAGGAGAUAACAGAGAAGCAUUUAAAGAACUCAUCAAGGUUGCGCAUAUGAAUUACCAUAUACUAGAUUGCCAUUUUAGCAAUGUACACAAAUAUAUGAUGGAAAUCACCCAAGUUGAAAAUUCGACAGAAUAUUUGAGCUUCAUCUUGACAAGUCUAAAUGCAUAUAGUUUAAAUUUUCAUGAACUACCGGCUCUCAUGGCAAAUGUAUCAACUCUGCAUCUGACAACACACAUUAAUGAUGUCAAGUGGAAAGAUUUAGGCAUUAAUACGGAUAAUGAACCAAUUCAGUUGGAAACUGCGCUAGUAGCUGACGCUAUAAAUCACGUCGAAAAAGCCAUAAGAGGGAUGAUGGGUGAUUCUAGAAGCUUUAAUUUUAUGAACGUUCCGCCUCCUCCAGAGCUGUGUGUUAGAGGCUCUAAAACUGAUUACGAAGAGGUUGCAUGGCCAUUGGGAAACGAAUUACGGGCUGCUUUAACUCAGACUACAAUCAAAGGUUUUACAGGCUUCAUAGAUUUCGAUGAAUUUGGUAGACGAAAAAAUUUUCAUUUACAUUUUUCGAAAUUGGAUGGAAACAGUCGUUUUGUAUCUGCUGGCUCUUGGGAUUCCAGAACCAACAUAAUAACGACAGAGCGGAUUGUGAAUGAUCGUUCAAAAGUACUGAAACCUAACUCUAAAAUAAGGAUUGCGACUAAAAAGGACCUUCCGUAUUUUGAAAUAGUGGAAAACUCAAACGGAACUUUUUAUAGAGGAUUCGUUGUUGAUCUUAUCGAAGCAAUAUUUAAACAAAUUAAGAACGAAACGAAUAUAGAACUAGAAUAUGAAUUUUAUAAAGUGGCUGAUAAUAAACUUGGAAAUCCCAUCCCUGAAAGUAAGAAGUGGGACGGUAUAAUAGGAGACCUCAUUGAACAUAAAGCAGAGCUCGGUGUUGCCGAUUUAACUGUAACUGCGGAAAGACUCGCAGCUGUGGAUUUUUCGACGCCAUUCAUGGUUUUGGGCGUAAGCAUGUUGUUUAAGCAAACAGAACCACCUCCGCCGGAUAUGUUUUCUUUUAUGAAACCGUUGUCGUUGGACGUUUGGCUUUAUCUGGCAACUACUUUUAUAGUUAUUUCGUUUAUCUUGCUUAUUUGUGCAAGAAUGAGCCAAGACGACUGGGUGAAUCCACAUCCGUGCAAUUUGGAACCUGAAAGCGUUCAAAAUAUAUGGAGUUUAUAUAACUGUAUGUGGCUAAAUGUGGGUGCCAUAAUGACACAAGGUUGCGACAUAUUACCACGAGGACCGGGCUCUCGAUGGGUGGUUGGAGUGUGGUGGUUUUUCUCUAUGAUCGUAACAGCUUCGUAUAUGGCGAACAUGUCAACUUUCAUGAGGAACAAUCGACGUAACAACGACAUCGAAGAUGUGAAAGCCCUCUCUGAACAAACAAAGGUUUCAUAUGGAGCCGUGCAGAAUUCAGCCACCUACAAGCUUUUCAAAAAUUCGAAUGACACUAUUUAUAAGAAGAUUUCGAUGGUCAUGGACACGUCCAGACCAUCGGUAUUUACGCUUUCCAAUGAGGAUGGAGUGAACCGUGUGCUUAAAGGAAAAGGGAAAUAUGCAUUCUUCAUGGAAUCUUCAGCUAUCGACUAUUAUACAAAAAGACACUGCAAUUUGAAAAUGGUUGGCCCUAAAUUGGAUUCGAAAGAAUACGGAAUAGCUAUGCCAAAAAAUUUUCCUCGGCGAAGUUUAAUAGACCACGCGAUAUUGUCUCUGCAACAAAUAGGGGAAUUAACAAGAUUGAAGACGAAAUGGUGGGAAAUUGAAGACAACGUGGCACAUUGCGAGGUCACUUCUUACUUGUUUGAGUAUACUUGGGACAUGCCCAAGAUGAUUAGUAGUUUCCCUAAUACCAGGAAGGCCUGGAAUUUGUUCCUAUUACUAUUCCAGAAAAAGUAUAAACUUCUCUUUAGUUUUGAGUCAAAACACGUGACCUUCUACGAAGCCCUAAUUAGGGAGUGGCGUGUUUCCCUGAAUCCCAGGGAGCUUCACAAACAAGCGGCGCCGCCAGGAUCAGCGAUUCCUGCCUCCACCACACCGUCUACUCAAGGAGCUCUAUCUUAAUAUAUUAAUAUUAUAGAGCUAUGUCUGUAAUGAGAGCAGCCGCAUCGACUUUUAUUAACUUUGCGGAGAUUUAUUGAUCACCUAAUCUUUAUUGUAUAUCAUUUAAUCUAGGGGUACAUUUAAAAUAUGUACAUAUUAUUUAUGAAUAUCAGGAAAACGAUUUAUUGUUCAAAAUUACGUGCACUUUGAAGCGAUAUUCUGUGUUUAGUGCAAGUUUACUUCCUAAUGAAUUCUGUUUGUAGUUAAAUAUUAAAAAUUGGUUCUUCAUUGGUAAAUUUAAUAUGAACAUAAUGUUAACUACGCUUAAUAUAACAUUAGACCAGAUUGAUAUGUUUCACGAACACAAUAGUCU